AGUUAAACGGAUGGUUCGCGAUCGGAACGGAUUCCAAAUUAACGAGAUUUUUUUUUUCAAUCCGGUGACCAGUGAAUUUCGCCUUUUAGAACAAACUCCGGAAAUCGACUGAGGGUCGAUAUCGGAUUGUUUGCUCAGUGUUCUGCGUAUACCCGUCGUCGUCGAAUCAGUCUUUGCGAGGUGGGGUACUGGUGAUUAAAAUAAAAGUGAUGGUAUUAAAAGUGGUGAUUUUAGUGCUGGCAGCCUUCGUCGCUGUCAGCAGCGGGUUUCUGUUUCCGAGUGAAGUUCCCGAAGUUCAAGUCGAUCGGAUUAGUAGUUUUGACCGGUUGACACAGUACUGGGGCAAGGAAUCGACGCGGGAGAUUGCUGCCGGCAGGUAUCGGACCUGCCGAACCCCAAACCGUCGCGACGGACGCUGCAUCCCCCGUGACGAAUGUCGCAGCUUUACGCAGUACUUUUCCCCGGACCGAAUUCUCACCGCGGACGAGCUGACCUUUCUUCGACUAUCGCGUUGCAACGAAGUCCCGCUGAAGAUCUGCUGCCCGGAUCGGGUGGCGUCGUCGUCGUCGUCGGUGGGACCCGUUGCUUCAACAACACUUGCAACGCCUGCUAUUUCGUACGAUUUCACUGGACUACUGCCGGAUCCGAAACGGUACGAGUGCGGGUUGGAUUUCCUAGCGGAUCGGAUCUAUGGGGGUGAGAACACCGCGCUGGAGGAAUUUCCCUGGUACGCUCUGCUCGAGUACAGUACCAAGAAGGGCGAGCGGGUGUUCGAGUGCGGGGGCUCGUUGAUCAACAAGCGGUACGUGCUGACGGCGGCACACUGUCUGGAUAAUGUGAAGCUGGAUGAGGGCGAGAUGUUCAUGAACGUUCGGCUCGGGGAGCAUAACACGGCUACGGACGUGGACUGCGAGGAGGAUAAUGGUGAUGUGAUCUGUUCGGAUCCUCCGCAAAAUAUUGGUUUCGAAGAGAUUAUUCUACAUCCGCGAUAUUCCAAGUCGGAUCCGAACCAGCAUCACGACAUUGCACUGAUCCGUUUGAACAGAGACGCUGUGUUGAGUAAGUACGUGACGCCGAUCUGUCUGCCAGAAGCAGGAUUUGCUGCGACCCUAGCGGGUCAAAAUGUUACCAUUGCCGGGUUCGGACACACGGGUCGUCAACGUCAUAGCGGUGUGAAGCAGAAAGCAGAUGUCCCGAUCGUGGAUCAAAGCCAGUGUCAGGCCAAAUGGGGCAAACGGGUUACCGUUAGUGCGGGUCAGUUGUGUGCUGGAGGAAACUUCAACAUCGAUGCUUGUCACGGAGAUUCCGGUGGACCGUUGAUGACUCAGCGGCUGUACUGGACUAUCGAAGGGAUCGUUUCGUUCGGCAAUCGAUGCGGUCUCGAAGGUUGGGCUGGAAUGUAUACCCGCGUGGCGAGCUAUGUUGGUUGGAUCAGAAGCGUGAUAAGGUUUGAUCGCGGGUUCGUUCGACAGCAACAGCAGCAGCACCAGCAGCUGAUUACAUAUUCCCGAACUUAUCAGUUCAACCGGGACAAGAUGGGACCUGUAGCCGUGCUCCGAUCGGUACUAAUAACCAGCGCAUUUGUGGUGACAUUUUCGAUCAAACCCUCGACGCCGCAACCACAACAACAACAAGAACAGCAACCAGAGCAAGCAGCGUCGCCGGUUUGGGAGGUAACAACCGUAUGCAGUAUACCGAAUGAGCAGCAGCAGGGAAUUUGUCGGCCGCCGGACGAGUGUGGAGCUUACGGUGCCAUAAACGAUCCGGCGAGUUUAAGUUCCGUCGGUAGGUUGAGCUUCUUAAAACAGGUGCAGUGUAAUGCCACGGUUGGUGCCGGUUUGGAGCAGAUCGAAGUAGGCGGCGUCUGUUGUCCACGUUCGGGCAGUUACGGCUCGCCGACACUGAACGAGAGCCUUCCGAGACGCAUUCGACCCAAAUCGGCGGUGGUACAUUCGCGAUUUGGUGAAGACGAAACGUGCGGUUUUCAGACGUAUGUGGCGAAAAUUCGAGGUGGCGAGAUUGCUAACAUUGACGAGUUUCCCUGGAUGGCGAUGCUGCUGUACGAAACCCGCGAUUCCAGUUCGGUGGUUCAUGGUUGCGGAGGUGCCCUGAUCAGUAGGAACUUUGUCAUCACGGCUGCACACUGCGUCACGGGACGGGAGUACGACACCAAGGGUCCGCUCAAAUUCGUCCGGCUGCGGGAGUACAACGUGUACGACGAUCCGGACUGCGUGAUCGAGCAGAACUUCCAGGAUUGUUCGGAGGAAAAGUUCGACGCUGCACCGGUCAACAUUCUGGUCCACCCGCAGUACGACCACGACGGUCGCAACAAGCAUCACGAUCUUGCGUUGAUCGAAAUCGAACCGAGCCCACCGUACUCGGACUUUCUGAGACCGAUCUGCCUACCGGAACCGGAGCUGGAUAACGGAGCGGCGGAGGGCAAAAAGCUGAUCGUUUCCGGGUGGGGUCGAACGGAUAUCUUUCGUAAACAACUCGGUAACAACGCGCUCAGUCCGAUCAAGCUGAAGGUGGUACUGCCGUACGUGGAUCCCGACACCUGUAAGAAGGUCUUCCGACCGCAGCAGCUUGAGAUCGGUUCGGGGCAGUUGUGUGCCGGUGGACAGAAGGCUAAGGAUACCUGUGGCGGAGACAGCGGUUCCCCGCUGAUGUACUAUGACGUGACGAAGGGCGUUUGGGUGCUGACGGGGAUCGUUUCGCUGGGGGUUCGCGAGUGUGGAACUGAAGGGAUUCCUGGAGUGUAUACCAAUGUGCGCGAGUAUCUGAACUGGAUAAAGGAGAACGCUCGUUUGUGAGAGUGACGACGCAGAUUGAUAUUUCUAGCGGUCGAGUGUAGGUAACUGAAUAAAAGAUGACACGUA